UCUUUUCAUUUGAUGUCUUGACUGUUGUUUGAGCUUCAACUCGAUGCAACUGACACAAAAAUGUUUAAAGUUUUUAGUAUUGAAUAAAAUGUGAGCAUCUUUUGGAAAAUAUUAAUUGAUUAUCAGUGAGGUGAUAAAAAAGUUAAUUUUGAAAAUUGUUAUUUGUUAAACUAUCUAAGCUAAAGCUUUUAAGCACAUGACACACAAGUGUAUCUAGUAUUUUACCUUUUUUUUGCAGCAAUAUUUUAAAUAAACAUCGCCCAACCGUUCUAUCUUAAUGUGGAUAUGUCUUUACCAUCGUCCGGUGAGACGAAAUAUCAAAAUUUAACUCCUGUACCACCAAUACCUCCACCUCCUUCACUUUCAUAUAAUCAUCAUCAUCAUCCACCGCCUGGUCAUCAUCCUCAACCAGUGCCGCCUCCUCAUCAUGCUGUCCCUCCACCACAGUCAGCUCAACACACUACGGGUCAUCCCCAUGGAGCUCCUCACGGUAUUUAUCACCCCGGACACCCACCAUGGUCACAUAACAUGGCCUACCCAUCGGGACACAUACCACCUCACUCUACCGGACCUCCAUCAUCACAUUCACCAUUCAUGUCCCAACAAGCACAACCACCAUCCCAACAGUUACAACAAGCACCUCAUCAACAAAUUCAGCCACCUCAGUCGCCGCUAUCGACAUCUGCUCAAUCUCCACACGGAAUGUCUAUUCAACCAAUUCAACAAGGUCAACCAUCAGGGCAGCCUAAUGCGCCGCCAUCAUCUCAUCCAUUAGGUUUUAUUCCCAAUUCGGGAAACAGUGGGCCAGUGCCACCUUCACCUCAUCAACAAAUGCAUGGUGCUUCCGUUGCAUUAUCUUCUCAGCAACCUCAACCAGGUGUACCUCAACAAUCUCAAGGACAGCCAAUUGGGCACCAAGUUGUCUCUGGUAGUGCUUCAAUGACCAAUUCCGAAAAUACUCCUUCAAAUGGAGAAAAAGUGACCAAAAAGAAGCGUAAACGGUGUGGUGAUUGUCCAGGAUGUUUAAAAAAGGAUAAUUGUGGUGAAUGUGGACCAUGUAAAAGUGUGAGAAGUCAUCAAAUUUGUAAAAUGAGAAAAUGUGACCAACUGAAGACAAAGAAAGAAAAAAGUAGAGAAUCUAAUGCUGCUGCAAACAACGGCGGCAUUAGAGAAGGUAAACCUUUGAGUGUUCAAGACGGUGGAUCCGCUAGUAGUGGAUCGAUAGAUGGUGGUGGGCCUGGAUCACGGCCAAAUUCAGUUCCUGGACCAGGUUCGGUCAGUGGAUCCGGCUCACGGCCAGGUUCAUCUAGUAUAAAUGGUACAAGUGCAUCUUCUCCUUUUCUUGUUAAUCAGAAUGAUGGAUCACAACAUUACCCACCUGCACCUCUUCAACCAGGUUCUGGAGCAAACGGUGUUACUCCAGGACAAGCAGCUACAGCACCCAGAAGUUUCCCUGAAUUUGGUCCCAAACAUUGGCCACCAGUGAAUCCAAUGUUCAGUGAAAACAACCCUGUAGAAGGGGCAUCGCCUUACAACAAUUUCACCGGUCAUCCAAUCACAUCAACCGGUCCUUUUAACGGUGAGACAAUCGGUGGUAUGGUUGUAGAUGUGAAACCAAACUUUGAAGAAGGCCUUAACUCUGGUUCUGUAGGAGUUGUACCUCAUUCGGCUCCUCCAGGAUCUGGUGUUUCAGAUAAUAAUAAUCGACAUCAACUUACCAAUAAUCGGUUAAAGUCUUUGAUUCAAAAUCGCCAGAGUAGUAAAGGUAGCUCUGGUAAUAAUGGAUCUAAUAAUCGAUCAACGGCCAAUGUAGUUGGUGGACAACCACCAAAUCAGCAAACUUAUUCACCUCAACAACAACAACAACCCCAAUCACAAUCCUCUAAUGAUUCUACUUCUAUUAGUUUUGUUUCAACCAAUUAUGUGAAUCAAAUGAAUCACCAAGGACAAGGUAAUAAUUCUUAUAUGAGUCAGGUUAACAGUGCUGGCACUGGUUUACCUGGCCGUGUGCAAGCAACACCACCAACUACCAAUUCUGAUAAUACUCCACCUUAUGUCCAAAUGACUUGGACAACAACUGAUGCUCAACAACGUAACGGUGAUGCUAGUAAUACUGGUCAUCCGCCAACUCCAACAACACCGUCCGCGGGUAGUGUUGAUGUUAAGCCCGGUCGUCGAACACCAUUUGCACCAUUAGAAACCUCUAAUGGUUUCUCCUUUGGUGCCAAUUCAUAUUCUCAGUAUGACCGUAAUACUCCAUCCGAAUCUACUUACUCGACUGAUAAUUCACGUGGUCAACAGCAACAGCAGCAACAACAACAACAACAAACUUUACCACCUCCAUCAACGCCGACAACGCAACAACAGCAGCAACAACAAUCAAGGCCUGCUAGUAAUGGGAAUGGGCAUCAAUUUUUAUCUCAAUAUGGUAACCAACAGUAUUCACCGUUGCCCAUGCUACAGCAACAUUCUGAUGGGUCAACCGAGAUUCAAUCAGCACCAUUUACUAACCAGUCACAUCCUAGUGCCACUUUACCCUCACCCGCUCGAAGUAAGACACCUUCGUCUGGCGGAGUAGGACUCGAGAUGGCUAGUAGUACAAACGGUUCUUCAAGAGAUCCUUUAACUAUAAAUAAUAAUGCUACCAAUAGUAAUAAUAAUAUAAAUAACAAUAAUAUUAAUAGUAAUAAUAAUAACAUUAUUAGUAAUAAUAGUAACAAUAUUAAUAACAAUAAUGGAUCUGGAGCACCACCGGGUAGUAAUAAUGGUACCAGUCCAAAUUCGCGAGACUCUUCCGGAAACAAUAGAGGGAUUGAAAAUGACGAGAAUGCCGCCUCAGCCGAUCAAUCAACACAGCCUUUUUUAUCGAAUACGACCACAUCUAUGAAUACAUAUACAAAUAUUAUCAGUACAUAUAACACUGGAUCUUCCGUGACGGGAUCAACAGUUUUCUACACCAACACUAACAACACUAGCAACAACAACAACAACAACAAUAACAACACCGUUAGUUCCAAUAAUAACUCAAGCUCAACGCCAAUGCCUUGUUCACCAAUCGAAGGUAAUCACACCAGUUAUUUGAUUAUACCUUCAUCCCAGCAACCAGUUUCAAGCUCAAACCAACAAUUUGGAUAUUUUACCGGAGCUGGUGGCCAUCAAUCUGUGAUAAUGACGAAUCCAUCUGAAGUAUCCGGCAACCUGGGACAGCAAACCGUCACAUCAAGCGGAACAUUGGGCAAAUCUUCAUUGACUUUAACAUCUUCAGGAGUUGGUCACGAUAUGGGCAUAGAAUGUGGUCGUUUAAAUGAUGAUAUUUCAUCAACCGGCUUUGGUGGUCUCCUUAUGGACCUUAACCCUUACAUUGUAAACAAAAGUGACCCUCCUUUCUUCUCUUCCUCUUCAUCAUUCAUCUCAUCAACCAAUGAAUCUCAACAUGUUCAACAUCACCUAAGUUACACAAACAGUUCACCAACAAAUCACACCGUCUUACCGCCAGUGUCAACCUUUCUUAUACCCAGUUUGCGAGACCACAGUUGGUGGGGAAGUGAUCGUAGUAUGAUGAUUAAACAAACCAAUCCUUAUGCAACUGAUUUAUUGCCAGUAAAUAAUUUAAUGGAAACUGAUCAUCGACAUCAGGAUUUAAAUUGUGAAUCACUGGAUUGUGGUGAUGAAGAGAAAGGUGAACGUGAGUACUCUCGCAGUCCAUCUACUUUGACAUCGUUAACAACUGCAUCCCUUACACAUUGAUAAUGACAAGUUUUUGAACAUAAUUAUAUAUAUAUAUAAAUAUAUAAAUUGAAAUUAUAAAUAUAUAUAUAUUUGAUUUGAUUAAAGCAAAGAAACAAAAAAAUAACUAAAAUGGAAAUGAGAGAUUCCAGCGUUUUAAUCACCGUUUCAAUCUCCCAUGUAUGCAUACAAUCAACUUGAUUUACGCAAAGCAAAAAAAAACAAAACCAAACACAUUCAUUUAAACGUGUACAACAAUCAUUGAAUCGCAUCCACAUCCAAAACACACAAACACACAUUCACUUCAUCCAAAAAUCAAUUUGAAUGUUUCAUCCAUAGAGAGAUGUAUUUGAAGCAACAGAUUUUUUUAUACAUAUAUCUGCCACUCUAUAUAAAAAAUUAUUGAUGAUUUACAUCAUGUGAGCAAAGAAACAAAAAAUCAAGACAUUAAAUGUUAUUCAACAAAAUAAUUCAAGAAACUCCCUCCCUGUUGAUUGAAAGUAAUGCAAGCAACAAAACAAAUCUACCAAUGAUGAUAAUGCUGAUGAUGAUCUUCCUGCGAGUAACGGAUUUAUGCAACUUAUAUACAAAGUGUCUGCACCAACCCAAAGUUUCCAAAUGUUUCAUCUGAUUCUCUCUCUAUUUUCAUCUCUUUGCCCAUCUCUUCACCCCUUUUAUUAUGUUAUUAUUUGAAUGUCUUUUGAUUUGUCAUAAUUUUCAUUCUCGCUCCUUGUCCCCUCUUUGCUUGAUCACACACACAAUUAUACAUAUUAUAUCAAUUGUUUUUAUCCAUUUUGUUUUUUUGUAUCACCAUAGAGUGCAAAAAGAGAGAAAAAUGGAGGUCGUUCUCAUUAAUUGAACACAGCCAUGUUUGUCCUUCUUUCUUCUCUCUUUUACUUACAUCUCUAUUCACUACCACCUCCUCCUCCUCCUCCUCCUCCUUAUCUUCCUCCUUCUUCUUCUUAGUCUUUUCUUCUUCUUCUCUUUACCGAUCAUUGGAUUACGCACUUUUUUGAGAUACACACAAGACACAAGCAAAAACAGUAAGAUUCAAGCAACUCUAACAAAAAAUAAUGCAAAAUCUCGAUCAAGAUGGAGAUUGCAAUUUUUCGCAUCUCUGAAGUUCUUCUUCUUCUUUCUUCUUUUCUUCAAACCAACCAUGUGAUGAUGAUGAAGAUGCAUCUACAAUUUGAGUGCCACACAAAGUCCAUCUCUUCUCUUCUUCUUCUUCUUCUCCUCUUUCUCUCAUCUUUUUUUCUUUCUCUCACUCUUGGAAGGAAACAAAUCAAUUUUCAUACUAGUAAAUAAAAAAAAAGUCUUUUUAUCAUGACAUGUCAAAGGUUAUACGACAAAAUAAAUAUCAAUCUUUCAAAAGUUAAA